AUGCCGGUGCCUGGAAACUGGGAGCUGAAUGGGUAUGGGUUUCCCAUCUACACGAAUGUAGAUUUCAUCUUCAAGUGCGAUCCACCGAACAUCAGGUAUCGCGGCGAUGACCCGGACUACAAUCCGACGGGAACCUAUAGAAGAAGUUUCGACUGCCCAGCAGACUGGCUGGCAGGCGGCCUACAGGUGUACAUUCACCUUGGGGCCGUGUGCUGCACCUGCCGUGCUUGGCUGAAUGGCCAAGAGCUGGGCUUCAGCACCGACAGCAAGCUGCCGGUGGAAUUCGACGUGACGCCUCACCUACGUCCUGGUCGUAACGUUCUGGCGUUGCAAGUGCUUUGCUGGGGAGCCGCGGCCUACUUGGAAGACCAGGACAUGUGGUGGUUUGCCGGCAUCACGCGGGACGUCUAUGCGUAC